AUUACAAGCCACCAGGGAAAUUUCUGCAAGCAGUUUAAAUGAACAUACAGCACACUCUGGAAGAAAAAGACCUGCAGGAGGUUGACGGGUAACCAUGGAUAGUAAAAUAAUCUUUCUGUGUUUCUCAAUCUACCUUGCAAGCCAAAUUUCUGCCUCACCUCAUCCAGUUUGCCCAGCUACAGUACCUGCAACUGGAGGGGGCGGAGCACUGACAACAUGUACGGAUGAUUCUCAGUGUCUCAUUGCCGGAGACAAAUGCUGCGAUGUCACGUCAGGUGGGACGGGGAAAUUCUGCAUCAAAGCAGACAAACCGAAACAUGAUGAUGAUGAUGAUGAUGACUGUGAUAAAAAAGACGGAAAAAGCAAAGAGGAUUGUCACAAGGAAAAACAUCAUAAGAUCGUCGUGAAAGUCGUCAUAUUGGUUAUCGGAGUGGUGGUUAUAAGCGUCGUUGUUGGAUGCAUAAUCAGAGUGAAAUGCUGCAAGAAGAAGAUAACUGACUCGAAAACUGAUGUCCGUGCUGAGAAGAAUGCAAAAACUCUAGGUCGAGAUUACACAGCACCAGUGAUUACUCGUAGCGGAAAGUCUCAGGAGCAGGCGUGGCUUUCCGUAACCCCGCCCACCUACAACAACAGUCCUCCUCCUGUGUAUACCGAAAAAUAUUAAAGAUGAAGAAGAGAAAAAAAUGAUAGCAUUCAAGACAAUAAGUACCUCCUGUGAACAGUGUGCCGAGUUGUAGCAAACAUUCAUAUUGCCAUAAAUAAUAUUUACAGAUUGUUGUAAAGAUACAAUAUAUUAUUUGCAAUGGAA